AUGGCCCCGUUACCGGCGGCUCUCCGGUUGGCGGUGAUGUGGAUCCUGAUCUGGAGGAGUGUGGCAGUCCGCGGAGAGGUGCUGCAGUGCCGCCUGUCGCCAGCGGGGGCACUGCACCCCGUCCGUGGUCAGCUGGAGACCUUCCAGGCCGGGCCAGGGUGCGCCGCCCAGGAAAGGGGGGGCCAGGAGACGCACCUGGUCGCGGUGGGCCGGCCCACCCACGGUCGCACGGUGACCGUGGUCCUGAGGCCUCUGACUCGGCCCCCGGCUCCUGAUAGGAGGAUCAUCCUGCUACUCAUCUCGGAGCAGGCCCUCGAUUGGAUGCUGGAGGCCGAGGGGCUGGCCACACAGCUCUCUGUGCUGGUACAGGUGUCCCCUAACUCCACGGUGGUGUCCUCGCCCGCCAUGGCGUUCCGGCUGCAGAGGCUCCGACCCCCACCCCCCUUCCCCCCCCGCGCCCUGCUGCGCUGGGCUCAGCGUCACGCGGGCGGCCUGACCUCCAUGACCCACGCCGCCCACGCCGACCGUGUCUACACCCGGCUGGGGGAGGAUCCCUCGGCCAAUCGGGCGUGCUCCCUGCAGCCCCUCUUCCUGUCGCCCCACUACCUGACCUCUGACCUCCAGCAGCAGGAGGUGCGAGGCUGCCUCCCCCCCACGGGGAACCGGAGAGGGGAAGAGGAGGUGCACCUGAUCAGACUGGUCUCAGCCGGAUCAGCCCUCUGUGGGUCUCUGCAGGUGGAGGUGGUGGUCUCUCUGCUGCCGCCGGUGGCCCGGUCCGGUCCUCACCGGGUGGUCCUGGUCGUGAGCAGCCUGGUCCCGGUGCACUGGGGGGUGCUGGCUCCCGGUCUCCAUGGCGACGUCUCUGUUUACUCCUCCACCGGUGUCUCUCCACCCUACCCGCCCCAGCCUCACCUCUCCUUCUCCAGCGUGGUGACCCCUGACCUCUCUGCUGUGCCUGACAUGCUGGAGUGGGCCAAUCAGAGGGGCUUUACCGUGGUGACGUCAUACACCGAGGCCCCCCUGGCCAAUCGGUUCGUGGUCCACCUGGCCGGGGGUGGGACAGGUGAGGAGAGAGAGGUUCUUCAUCUUCAUGAUCAGGCGGAGCCUGCAGGGGGCGGGGCCGGGGGUCAGGCCGGCUGGCCAGCUCAGGGCCGUCUGAGAGAGUGGCUGCUAGGCAACGCUGGGGGAGGAGCCAGGAGGGCGGAGCUACUUAGCGUUCGCUGUGAUGACGGACGGCUCAAUGUCUUGCUGGACAUACACAUCCUACAGGGUCUGUCGGAGCCGGUGGUUGCCGUGACGCUGCGGGACCCAGAGUGCAGGGCGCGGUCCAACAGCAGCCACUUCCUGCUGGCGUACCCGGUCAUUUCCUGUGGGACGGAGGGUGCGCUGCAGGGCCAUCCCAGGGGGGUGCAGUUCAAGAACACGGUGUUCAUCUGGAGAGAGCAGCCACGCCCCCUCCCUACAAACGGCCCCCAAACCACCGGGCCCCUGCGCAUUCAGGCGGAGCCGGUCGGGGAUGGGCCAGUCGGUGCUGGGCCUGUCAGGGCUGGGCCGGUCGGGGCGGGGCCUGUCAGGGCGGGGCAUGUCAGGGCGGGGCAUGUCAGGGCUGGGCCGGUUGGGGCGGGGCCGGUCAGGGCGGGGCCUGUGAGGGCGGGGCCAGUCCUUGCCCUCAGACUCUUCGUCUCUGAGAGCUUCCAGAGGAGCCGGACCGGCCCCUGUGUGGUCAUCGCAGACCACCGCGUCUACGUGGAGAUCUCCUCCGCGGGCCGCUUGGCCGGCAGCCUGGAGCUCCGGUCCUGUGUGGUGUCCCCCGAGUCGGACCCCAAGAGUGCCCCCUACUGGCCCCUCAUCAGGGACCGCUGCCCCGCCCAGCCCUCCCUCAGCCUCACCCAGCUCUGGAGGGGGGGAGGGAGGAGGAAGACGAAUGAAGAUGGAGGAGUGAAGCAGAGGAGGAAGACUCUGGUCCGGCAGGAGGUCGAGGAGGAGAAGGAAGAGGAGGCGCAGUCCUUGAGGUUCAGCUUCGUCCUGCCGCCAGUUUACAACGCCUCCGUGCAGUUCCUCCACUGCCGACUCCUCCUCUGCUCCUCCGGCUCCUCCAGUGAGGAGAACCCGCCGAGGACGCCCUGCCCGGAGGGGCAGCCCAUCCCCCGCCUGACCUCUGCUCCUCCAGGCCAGCAGUGUGAGGAGAGGAACCUGAGCCGGCCCAUGGUGGUGACCCAGCCCCUCAUGGUGACCCCGUCCCUCAGCCCGGGGGCGGGCCGGCCUCUGGCGCCCUCUGCUGGCCCGCGGCCCCGCAGACCCAGCGCGCUCGACCCGGACCCGCGUGGCUCAGUGAUAGAGGCGCUGCCAUUCAUCGGCAUCGUGUUCACGGCCUUCCUGAUGGGUGUGGCCCUGAUGGGGGCGCUGUACUGCAUCUACACCCACAGUCCGUCGGCCCUGCCCACGUAA